AUGGCUACCGCUUUAGAAAACUCGUCGUCGGUGAUCCAUACCCCAACCAAUAGUGUCAAAGACGAGCUUCUGUCCCCGGGCUUUAGUUACAGCAUUGCUCAAUUUCUGCCCACAGAGGUAUCUGGUUCUGAUGAAGAAGAAGAGGAGGAAGAAGAAGAAGAGGAGGAGGAGGAGGAAAUAGAAGAAGAAGCACAAGAAGAUGCAGAAGUUGAUGAUGCCCCGCAUGACGAGCCGCAUGUAACCUUAGGGACCGUCAAAGACGUAGAUACCAAUACCACCAGUAACGGCAAACCGGAGAACACUGUCGAACAAUUGAAUCCUGCAGUUGCUAAAUUCCGUGGACGGCCAUCUUCGUGUGUCUUUGUCGCCAGUCUUGCAGCAGCUCUCACUGAUGACGAGCUUUGUCUGUCGGUGACACAAAACUUCAAAAAAUUCGGCCAAUUGACCAUGGUGAAAGUGCUAAGAGAUCCAGCCAAUAGGCCUUACGCCUUUGUACAAUACACCAAUGACGCAGAUGCCAAAAAGGCUCUGAACAAUGCCCAAGGAACCAUUCUCAACGGAAGAACCAUUCGUUGCGAACCCGCGCGCGUGAACCGCACUUUGUUUCUUAGCCACAAGAGCAGAUACCCAGCACCGGCUUCCGGUGCUUUGGUUUCAGCUGCCAUUGUCAACCAGUUGAUGAGUAAAUUUGGAGAAUUGGAGCAGUUGGUGGCGUGCAGAGAUCAAUACCCUCACAGAAAAAAUUACUUUCAAGCCGCUUUCAACAAGAGCAAUGCUUGGUUCAUUCAGUUCGCGUUCCGUGAUGAUGCUAUUCGUGCAUUUGCGACCCUCAAAGCCGAUUUCAAUUGGGUUGUCGAAUGGGCUCAAAACGUUGAGGCUGCUCCUCAUUUGAAUUUACUAAAUUCUGAUAACGAAUUGGUCAUUCCAGAAGAAUCAGAGGCUGUACCAAAUGAAUCCCCCAAUGCUUCAAACUUUGAAAUCAGCAGUGUACCCACUGGUACUCAUGGAUCAGACAUUAGCAUCGACCAAAACUCAAUUUUUGUCGGUCAACUAGAUCCGAUGGCCACGGAAGAAAACUUGUUAGAAAGAUUUUCUAGGCAUGGUCCCAUCCUAGACAUCAACCUGCUAUCCAAGCCUAAUAACGUUUUCGCCUUCAUCAGGUUUGCAACGGAGGAAGCAGCAGCAGCAGCUUUGGAAAUGGAAAAUCAUGCCAUUUUCCUAAAUAAAACCAUGCAUGUUCAAUACCGGGAGAUUGGUGGCUCCAAGAAAUACAGAAGACAUGGGAAUUUAGGUCACAGAUCUAGUAGCGAUUUUGGUAAUCAAAAUAAAAAUGAAGGCCGUCACGGUGAUGUUCGUGACAAGUUUAUCAGAAACUCCCACCUGGGCGAUGACAACUAUUGUUACAGUGGUCCCAUGAAUGAAAACUAUGGCAUGCCAUACCAACCUCCUCAUUUGAACCUAGCUCCCCCACCCAUUAACGUUGGUAAACGAAGGUCUAGUACUGGUUCAGCACCAUUCUAUUCCAACUAUCAUAAUCCAAUGCAUACCUUCCAUGUCUUAUCCCCUCAGCAACAAGGCCAUAUUCCAAUUAUGACGGCACCCAAGAAGUUGAAAUCUCACCCCAGGCGUAAGAGUAUUGAGAUCACCAAAUCUCACGUCGGUUCCAAUGAUGAUAAAGGCGAGACUUCUAGCGCCAAUGAAGCUGAAAACAUCACUAGUCAUUCGUUUGCGACAGAAACAGAUGCCUCCGAAGGCUCCGAAUCUGUCGAUGACAACGAUGCUUCCAGCUACGCAAGCACUUCGCAUUAUGCAACAUCCGCUGGCGGAAUUAAUUACAAGAAAAAGCUUGACGAAUACAAAAAAAGAGGAAACUACCCAACCUUUGACCCCUACUAUUACCCGUCAUACUAUUACCCCGUGGAGUACGCAAUGGGUCCAGCUGGAACUGCCGGCUCUGCUACUCCUCUGAACUCAUCAGGGAGCAUUUCUCGACCUGGUGCCAAUCCCAAUCAACCUUGCUUCAUGUACUAUCCUGUCCCAGCAGCUAAUGCGGCCGAGUUCGGAGACAUGCACAGCAUGGUUAUGUCCCAUAUAGGUCCAUCUCCCGGUGCUUUAGGGGCUCCAAUGAUCCCCCUACCUGUCUCACAACGGCAAUAUAUGCCAGUUGAAUCGAAAUAUAAUUACAACAAUGGCAGCAGAGCUUCGUUGGAUUAUUAG